AUGCUUCGUUUCUCCCUCCCCCCGACGCUUACCGCAGCCGCCUCACCACAGGGCUUGCCUCUCCACCUUGCCGCUGCUGCGUCUCCUCGUCAUUCUUCCCGCCAUCGCUAUCGCUGCCCAUCUUCCCCGUGUGCUCUCUCCGCUCUGUCGGGACUCCCUCUCCGGCCCCUCUGGUGCGCCCAGCCGAAGCAGGACUCCGCUCCGGCAGUAGCCGAUGAUGGCGAGGACGGAGGGCUUGGCGAGGAGCUGCACAAGCUGUUGGCUCUCCUGCCGGAGGGAAUGCGAGAGAGGGUGGGUGCUCACCCGGAGCUCCACCAACUCGUUGAGAUAGUCAUGGACCUGGGCCGAAGGCCCCUCGCCCGUUUCCCUUCCGGCGACUUCGUCCUCUCUGAUAAUCCGAUUACUCUCAACGAUCUCCACCAUGCCAUAUCUCAGGUCUGUAAAUGUACGAAUCGGAAUUGAGGAAACCAUCUACUCGGCGAGGAGAAUUGAUUGAAGAGGUGAAUCCGAUACCCGAUGCUUGUAGGUGGGGGACUUCACGGCGGACAACCGGGCGGGUAUCAGCCGGACAUUGCAUCGAAUCAGCGCCAUCCGGAACCGCAAGGGUGUGAUUGUCGGUCUGACUUGCCGGGUCGGACGGGCUGUGGCUGGAAGUGCUAAUCUGCUGAGAGAUUUGAUUGAGGACGGCGCAUCCUUGUUGCUCAUUGGACCCCCUGGGGUGGGGAAAACUACGAUCAUUAGGUCGAUUCUGCUGCCAACCCCUGGUUACUUGUCUUUAAACGUUGAAAAGUUUAUUCCUAAUCCUGUACACCAAAUGUAUCUUGUUGAAGAUGCAUCUACGGCAAGGAUUUUUAUAGUCAAAAUAAAAUUUUGCUGAUAUCCAUAUUAUGUGGGGUUUCUGGGAAGCAGAUUUCGAUGAUGCCCGAAGUUGAUUUUAUGAUUGUGAUUUCUUUUCCUCCACACCUAGAGAUGUAGCUCGGAUGCUUGCGGAUGAUUUCGAGAAGCGGGUCAUGAUUGUGGACACAUCGAAUGAGAUAGGGGGGGAUGGUGAUGUUCCCCACGCUGGAAUUGGGAGUGCGCGAAGAAUGCAAGUUCCCAAUCCAGAUAUGCAACAUAAGGUCUGCAAAUAAUUCCUUUCGUAUUAGAAAUAUGUUGAUUGGAUGGAGAAAGGCUUUCAUCAACAACGUGAGCUUAUCGCUUCAUCUAGUUCAGGCCCAAGCAUAGUUAAAACCGAUUUCAAUCUUUUGAUGUGUUCUUUUGCCCCUAUGAUUUCAGUGUCGAUGGGUUCAGUGUCUAUUCUCUUUUGCAUAAGACAUUUUCAUUUAUUCCCUUGCAUGCUUCCGUUUAUUUCAUCAUACAAAUCGGCUAAUCUGAUAUGAAAGAGUUUGUUCUAUGCGGUAUUAUUGCACAACUUAUCGCGUGUUUUCUUUGCCUAACAACUCUACUUGUAAUGUUCAACCUUGAUAUUCACCGUGACUGUUAUUUUCUGUGGGUGCGUUGGUGAGCUUUUGGGAUAGAGUUUCAGGCAAGUAUGGUAUUAUAAAUGCAUGUAACGUCGCUAUUGUUUGGGGAACUCUCUGAGGAGAAGAACAUCCCAUUGGGUGCUGUUAUCUGAUCCAGGAACCAUGUUACUAAAUUCCCUUGUUUGCGUACCCAGGUGUUGAUUGAGGCAGUGGAGAAUCACAUGCCCCAAGUGAUUGUGAUUGAUGAAAUCGGAACCAGACUUGAAGCCACAGCUGCUAGUACAAUUGCACAGCGUGGUAUCCAGCUUGUUGCCACUGCACAUGGAGGGACAAUUGAGAAUCUGACAAUGAAUCCGUCGUUGGAGAUGCUUGUUGGAGGAAUACAGGUGAGGACUACGAAAUGCUGAUAUCCCUGUCACUGUUUUGCUGAGACCCUGGUGAUUUAGAAUUUCAGCGAAACUAAGAAAAUGAUAAGAAAUUAAAGCCAUGAAACUUUUGUCAUACGAUUCUAGUUCACUUGCAAUAUGGGUGCAUUGCAGCCUAGUUUUCUUCCCCUGGCUUGGUGUGUUAUCUUAAGGGUGAUGUGUCCACUGGGCACGAGACUUCUGAAUGAAUGUUUGCUGACUCACUAUCUGUCAGAAAGUGAUAAAAGCUGAAAAUUUGACGUUGAAUAUCCGUAUAUUAUAAUAACUAUGGUUGCAUCUUUUUCUGUUUUAUGUUUGUAAACAUCCCCUCUCCAGGAAUAAAGGGCUUGACUAGGCCCUAUGGUUGAAGGGAAAUGGAGCCAGAGUUGAAAAUAGAGUAUGAAAAAAAGAGUCAAACAUGCAUCAUGGUUUAUGAAAUACAAUAUCAAAGUUCUAUCCUGGAGUGUUUACUCUGAUUCUCCAAUGAAGCUGUAAACAUUGAAUACUUACUUACCCUUGGAUUAAUCUCAAGUUCAGACAUGUUCAGCAUCACAAGUUUGUGUUGUAAGAUCUGUGAGGAACAUUGUCUUUCUAACCUAAAUGACGGCAUUUUUUUGUUUUAUCCCCUUUUAUGUAUUUAUUUUUUAUAUUUAUUUUAACGAAGUACACAAUUGAAUAUCUACUGAUUGUAUUCUAAGGGUAGCUCUCAUUUGUUCUGAUCCAUUAAGCAAUGUUUGGACUCAAUAUGGAUGUGAUUAUGGUAAUGGAUGCAAUCUAUGGUCGCAUUUCUAAGCAGGCAUAUUAGAUGGAAAAAUUAUACUAUUUGGGAUGAAGCAUUUUCAUCUGAACUUGUUCCGUGUAGUUCACCAACUUCCCAGACUCGCCAAUGGUUGAUGUCGGUUUUCGUCCUUCAAUGUCACAAUAGUUAUCUUUUGAAAAAGAAAGGCACAGGGAAUUAGGAAAUAUCUUAGACAAUACGUACACUAGUCACCAGUGAUAUAGCGUUUCUAGUGACCUUAAAUCUUCAAACGGUCAACUUGCAUCCAUGUGAUGUCACACUCUUCUUUGGUUCAUUAUAUGAUAUAUUCUAGCGUCUUAAGUUCUUCCAAAAAGAAGACCAUGAAAAAACUUGUAUGAAGGGACUUUCUUAGAAUGGCAAAACUGUGUGCCAUCUUAUGCAUAUAUCAUGUGCAAAUAUGAGAUACUAUUAAGGCUUUUGUAGAUCUUCUUCCUGGAACGGUAUAGGACGCUGAAACAGGAUGAUAGCCGAAACUUUUUAUAUAUGCAUUGUAUGCAUGUUGUAAUUUGAUGAAUAUUAUUAUAAGAUCAUCAAGGGGAGCAAAAUUAGUUUACUUAUUCGGUAUAUGUGUACUACUAGAAUUUUCGGUUUCCCUUUUACUCAUGUUUAUUUGAAUUAGAUCAUUCCGUUGUAUCUCUUUUCUUGACCUGCUCAUUGGAUUAGAUUAAAUUUUUUGCUGUUAUUUAAGUACAUUUGUACAGCAUCUAUUUACAUUAUGCUACUUAUAAAAGAUUAUUUUUAUCACGUUACUCAGAGGCUCUGUUGAUUGCAAUUAUUUUUGAGUCAUAACUUCACGUGCAAACAAAAUCCACUUUAAUCUGAUCAUUGUAACUGACAUAUAUAAUCCAGAAUGUCACUCUAGGAGAUGAUGAAGCUAGUAGAAGAGGUGUCCAAAAGACUGUCCUGGAGAGAAAAGGGCCUUCAACGUUUACUUGUGGCGUAGAAAUUGUCUCCAAAACUGAGAUGAGAGUUCAUCAUAGUUUGGAGGCAACGGUUGAUGCACUACUUUCAGGUUGAGAAUUUCAGAAGUCUUUUGUUUUGGAUUAAUAUGAUACUGGUGCCUCACGUUCACAUAAAUUUCUUAUAUUUGUUGCAUUGCUCACAGGCAGAACACCCAUGUUUGAAAUUCGUAAGCUGAAUUCUCACGCUUCGAAAGAUGAGAACCUUACACUAGAAAGUGAAGGUUUGAGUGAUGUUCCCUCUCAAAACCUCGCUGAAAUUAUUGUUGAAGACGUGAUGGAGAAUGAUAAAGUAAUCUAUGACGAUAGUUCCUGUGGUAUGAUGGAUGAGCACUCUUUUAAAAUGGAGGCAUCCAUGCGCAUGUUUGCAUAUGGGGUAAGAAUUCGAGUACUCUUGGAGCCAAAGUAGUGUAAUUUUUCUUAUAAUGUAUUUCAUUCUUACGUCGUCGUGCUAUUCGCUAACAAGGUCGUGCUGUUUAUUCUUACCCUCACUGAUACUGCUUGGAUUCCUUUUUGCUCCGGCAUUGGGCAUCUUAGUAGAAAAAGAAGAAUAUAAUAACAUAACGGGAAUUGCAUCUAGCGAGGCUAGCAUCGUGGUGGAUAAGUCAAAUGUCGAUUAUACAUGACCUUAGAUGUCCCAGAUAGAAUGUUAUUUUUUAUCAGCAUUUUUCUUUCAGUUAACUUGCAUCCGGAUUUGAAGGAAGACAUUGUUACUAGUCACAGGCCGCUGUCUAGUCAGUUACGUUGGAGUUCCAACAGACUGUGACUGACUAAAAUGAUCAAAUGAAGUGAUCUUCUUCCACCAAUUUUCUCUGGUAUCUCUAAUCUUCAGCCUCCUCUUUUUGGUGGCACAUGUGCAGCAAAAUAAUCUCGACUUCUCAUGAUUUAUUUAUUCCUAAGAUCCAAUUUUGUUCUGAAAAUUAUUUGAUCCUUAGCCUGCCAAGUUCUUCAGCUUUAUUGGAUGGAUUCAAUGUCUCCGGUUUGGUCUCCCUUUAAGGCCCCUUUAGUCUAUCCAUUAAGUGGCUACCAUGUUCAAAAAUUAUGAAACUUGUACUAGUGUAGAUUACAGUUAACCAGCACUAAUAGUUUUUCUUUUCAGUAUGACGUAGUGCCUUCUCUUAGAUCAUCGGCUCAUUUAGAUGCUUACAGCGGGAGACACGGGAUAGGUGAUUGGAUCGGCCUAAAAUUAGUUUCAUACUUGAGUUUUUUUCGCAAACUGGACGUAGGAAAGAAGCUGAACCAAAUAGCGGGUUUCUAGGGGCAUAUAACUAUCUCAAAUUACUGACUCCAUAAGCUUUGUGAAGAUUAGACGACUUUCCAUGUAAUUUGUAGAAGAAAUGGAGCUCGAAAAUCUCUCAAUGCACCCGUCUCUCACUUUGAUGUACUCAAAUAGCAGUGGGUUAAGGUACUGGAGUUUGCGAGUGUAUUGUUCUACUCGAGGAACGUGAAUCUGGUAGUGAUUAUAGGGCAUGGUAGUAUAGAAUUGGUUGAACUCGAGGUACGAGUAUCUCAUGCUGAUUUCGUCAAAGUUGUGGCUUCCUGUCAUUCCCCUGUUUAACCUGUUUCCUGGUUACCGAAAUUUAAAUGUUGAACUGAAUAGAGUGUGCAGCUGUUGUAGAUCCUGGAGAUAAGUGUUGUGCAAGCAAUCAAGAAGCUCGGACUGGACGAAGUAGUUCAGCUAACUGAUAACAUAAGCGAGGCUGAUGCAUUUCUAGCCCUGCACUCGAAGCUCAAGAAGAACCCGCGGAUUCAGGCUGCGGCAAGAUCUCAAGGCAUACCCAUAUAUGUAACUAAGGUGAAUAACAGUAACCCUUGAUUGCCAUUCUCUGCCCACCAAUUCAGACGCCGUAACAAUGUGUUUUCGGGUGUUGUUGGCAUAGACGAGCUCUUUGCUACAAAUAACCAAGGCUCUUCGCGUCAUAGUGGCUGAACGUGACAACGAAGCGCAGCACUUUCAGGCCGAAGAUGAUAUGAGCUCAGUGGAAAAAGUCGAUGCUCUGGAGGUAAAGUGAGGCGCAUCUCUCUACCGAGGCCGUCAUACUCUUGCAUUCUUUCCUAAAUCGUACAUUGCAAAGCUUCUUAUUUCUCCGCGAGGAAUUCGUUUCUUCUUGUACGAGGCUAAAACUCGAUCAAAUCUUGCCAGGAGGCAAGGCUUGCUAUUGAGCAGGUCGUAAUUCCAAAGAGGCGCUCUGUGGACCUCCUACCGAGGCCAUCCCACAUCAUUGUGGCCCAGAUGGGCUUCAUUGGGGAAUACAAGCUCUUGUGCGAGAAGGUCGGGCAAGAGCCGAAUAUUCAUUUGCGCAUCCUUCCAACGCACACAGAGACCACCAGUUCUUCCGACGGGGAUGCAACCGAUCCUGGACUGGAGGAAUCGGACAGUCCGAGCGAUCCUGGCAGCCCUCACAGUAGCGUGGUCAGGCUACCCCUCCUCCCUGAGUAG